UCCUCCUUCCCUCUCCCAGUGUCCUGCGGCUGACAGAGGACAGAGGACGACAUGUCUGCGGUUACGGGCACCUUCCGCAUCGUCUCAGAGGAGGAGCAGGCCCUGCGCACCAAGCUGGAGCGCCUCACCACCAAGGACCAUGGCCCCGUCUUUGGGAGGUGUGAGAAGAUCCCCCCACACACCCUGCAGAAGGCAAAGGAUGAGCUGAACGAGACGGAGGAGCAGAGGGAGGUGGCGGUGAAGGCACUGCGGGAGCUGGUGCAGGAGCGGGCAGGCGGCGAGGAGGUGUGCAAGGCGGUGGCUGAGAAGGUGCAGGGGAAGGACGACUCCUUCUUCCUCCGCUUCAUCCGUGCCCGCAAGUUUGACGUCCACAGGGCCUAUGACCUGCUGAAAGGCUACGUGAACUUCCGCCAGCAGUACCCUGAGCUCUUCGACAACCUGACCCCCGAGGCUGUGCGCAGCACCAUUGAAGCCGGCUACCCCGGCAUCCUGGCCAGCAGAGACAAGUAUGGCCGGGUGGUGAUGCUCUUCAACAUCGAGAACUGGGAUUACGAGGAGAUCACCUUUGAUGAGAUCCUUCGUGCCUAUUGUGUUAUCUUGGAGAAGCUGCUGGAAAAUGAAGAGACCCAGAUCAAUGGGUUCUGCAUCAUUGAGAACUUCAAGGGCUUCACCAUGCAGCAGGCAUCAGGGAUCAAACCUUCUGAGCUCAAGAAGAUGGUGGACAUGCUGCAGGACUCCUUCCCCGCACGGUUCAAGGCCGUCCACUUCAUCCACCAGCCUUGGUACUUCACCACCACCUACAACGUGGUCAAACCAUUCCUGAAGAGCAAACUGCUGGAGAGGGUCUUUGUGCAUGGGGAGGAGCUGGAGUCCUUCUACCAGGAGAUUGACGCUGACAUCUUGCCAGCAGACUUUGGUGGCAACCUGCCCAAGUAUGACGGCAAAGCAACUGCAGAGAAACUCUUUGGGCCCCGCAUUGAGGCUGAAGACACGGCUCUCUAAACUGGGAUCCGCUCCCCCUCCCCUGUAAAAUAGGAUCAGAGGUGGCCCUCUAACCCCAACCAUCUCCUUACUGUAGCUUUGGUUGAAUGACUGCUCAUGAUGAGGCACUCUGGUCACGUUGCUCCACGCCUGUCCCUCCCCUCCCCAAACCUGGCAGCAGGCUGCUCAGCAGC